AUGCAUAAAACAUCAAUAAUUUUGUCAUUCCUAGUCUUACUACACAUAAUCUUUACCAAUCCAACAUGGUGUAUAAGUCCUCCAAUAACCAUGUUCAACGCCCCGAACAUAACCAAGCCCGGCUGCCCACGUAAAUGCGGGAAUCUAAUAGUGCCAUACCCUUUUGGCGUUGGGUUGGGCGCUGGGUGUUCUAAAAGUGUUUUAUUCGAUGUGUUUUGUAUGACUUCUUAUGACCCUCCGAAAGCUUUUUUAGUAGCAGCAAUGGAUGAUCAGAAAAAUGCUAUGGAAAUACUCGACAUAUCUGAAACACAACUACGUCUUAGGAAUCAAAUUAGUUAUUCGUGUUUCAACUCGACGGAUGUAAUUUCCCCUCGUAUGUCCGACUUCAUUACCUUCAAUCUCAUUACACCACGAGCUCCCUACAGUGUAUCAGGAAUGGCAAACAAGUUAUUUGUUGUAGGGUGCCAUGACAAGCCAAGGUUCACCGGAAGCUUUGAGGCCGACACCUUUACUCUAGAUGAUGACGGAGUUGCUUCAUGCAGAACUAAUUGCAGCUCCGGCGCCACAAAUGUUGUUCCCGACCAAUGCAAUGGCAAAGGAUGUUGUCAAGCCACAUUUCCUAAGGGAUUGAGGUCUUUUUCCGUCGACCAUUUCGAUAGUAACCAUACGACAACAGUAACGUAUAACCCUUGUGGAUAUUCAUUAGUGGCAGAUGAAAAAAGAUUCAAAUUUCGAGGAGUUGCAGAUCUGAAGGACCCAAACUUUAUUAAUAAAACAAUAUAUGAAGCUCCUUUGGUGUUGGAUUGGGUGAUACCUAAUAAUACGUGUGCUAUAUCAGAACUUGAUCGUGAUAAUUAUGCAUGUAAAGAAAAUACAACAUGUGUUGAUGCUGCUAAUAGUGGCAUUGGAGGUUAUCAUUGUCGUUGUCUUCCUGGUUACGAGGGUCAUCCUUAUCUUUCUCCUGGUUGUUCGGAUAUAAAUGAAUGUGCUGAUAAAGAUAGUAGUCCAUGUUCCAUGAUAUGCACUAAUACGCCUGGAAACUACACUUGUUCUUGCCCAUCUGGAUAUACUGGUGAUGGUAAGAAAAAUGGAACGGGUUGCAUCCGACAAUUUCCAGCUUUGAAGGUCGCCAUAGGGGUUAGCUUGGGAUCCAUAUCUCUACUCAUAAUGGUAAGUUGGAUAUUUUUAACAAGCAGAAAAAGAAGAAAUACCAAAAUAAAAGAAAGGUUUUUUCAGCAAAACGGAGGUUUACUAUUAAAGCAAAUAAUAUCCCACAAUAAAGAAGAUAACAUGGACCAAAUUAAGGUAUUUACAAUACAAGAAUUAAAGGUAGCAACCAAGAAUUUUAAGGAUGAAAGAAUAGUUGGUAAAGGUGGUUAUGGUACAGUUUAUAAGGGUGUCCUUACUAAUAAUCAAAUUGUUGCUGUUAAAAGAUCAAAAUUUGUUGAUGAAACUCAAAUUGAACAAUUUAUUAAUGAAUUAAUACUUCUUGCACGAGUAAGACAUCCUAAUGUUGUACGACUUGUUGGGUGUUGUCUUGAGGUUGAAGUUCCUUUAUUGGUUUAUGAAUUUAUCUCUAAUGGUACAUUAUAUGAUCAUAUUCAUGAUAAAAAUAGAGGGUCUUGGUAUUCUUGGAACAAUUGUUUGCGGAUUGCUAUGGAUUCCGCUAAUGCGUUAGCAUAUAUACAUUCGAUACCUAUAAUUCAUCGUGAUAUUAAAUCUUCUAAUAUAUUGUUAGAUGAUUGUUACAUGGCAAAAGUGUCUGAUUUUGGAGCUUCACGUUUGAUUCCAAUUAAUGAUACUCAUUUAUCGACUGUGGUUCAAGGUACUUUAGGAUAUCUUGAUCCUGAAUACUUUUUCUCUAGUCAAUUGACUGAGAAAAGUGAUGUUUAUAGUUUUGGUGUUGUUCUUGCUGAGCUCGUAACCAGAUCAAAGCCUUUAUUACCGGAGAGGCAAACCGAAGAAAAUAAUCAAAAUUUGGCUUCAUUAUUUGUUAAGUCUAUGCAACAUGACAAUUUGUUCCAAAUUUUGGACUCUCAAUUGAUCUUAGAAGCAAGUCAAGAACAACUUAUGGCGUUUGCAAAGCUUGUUGAACGAUGUUUAAGUACAAAAGGUGAGGACAGACCAAGAAUGAAGGAAGUAGCAAGGAAUCUUGGAGAGUUAUGGAUGAAAACACAAGAUUUUUCGGCAGUAACGACAAUUAUGUAUGUAUCUUGAUUAUUGUUAGAGUACAAGACAACAAAGACCACAUAAUAUUAUAAAAGAUUCAAAUAUUUGACAACCACAUU